AUGACUUUUCAGCUAGUACGAGUCGGGAUUCGACCAAGACGACGAGACCUUUGUUGCCAUUCACAAGGCGCGCUCCAUGUCUAGCCUCCGUCUUCCCGUCCCGAUCGCCGGAACCGGUGCUGGCGUCUCCACCUCAUCCAUUUCCUCUCUUCCAAAUCUCAUCUAUUUUGUCGACUCUAGAAGGCAACUCCGCUUUCCUGCCAUCGCUGCCAAAGCUAGACCAAAUAAGCGGGACAAACCCCUCCAAAAACCCUUGGAGGUUGCAGGCUUCGAAGAGGAGACGAUAGAGGUAGAUGAAACAGAAGGACGAGGAGAGGAAGGUUUCGAUUAUUUCCCUUCUUCCAAUGAAUUUAAGGGGGAGCAGGAGGAGGGAGAAAUGGAGGUGGAUGAAUUCUUGAAUUCUUCAAGUGGAUACAGAAGCAGAGGGAAUGAAGAGGACUAUGAUAGAGAUCCAGAGCUGGCGGAGAUUCUCGGUAGCUGCUUCGAUGACCCCAAGAAGGGCCAAUCUCGAGUUGAGGAGAGAAUAAGACGGAAGAAGCACAAGAUUUUGCAUGCUAAAACUGGGUCUGCUAAACCAAUGAAGAUCAUCUUCAACAAGUUUGAUUUUUCGAACUCCUACAUAUGGUUUGAAUUCUACAAUGUUCCGUUAGCAAAAGACGUUACUUUAAUCUGUGAUACUAUUCGAUCUUGGCAUAUAAUUGGGCGCCUUGGAGGAUGCAACUCGAUGAACAUGCAGUUAUCACAAGCACCGCUUGAGAGUAAAAGACUGAGUUAUGAUGCUAUUCAAGGAGCAAAUGUUACUCCAGCAACAUUUUACAACAUUGGUGAUCUGGAGAUUCAGGACAAUCUGGCAAGGAUAUGGGUAGACAUUGGUACCAGUGAACCUCUGCUGCUGGAUGUCCUGAUUAAUGCGUUGACAAGCAUCAGCUCAGAUUAUGUUGGGAUCAAACAGCUAGUGUUUGGAGGGUCAGAAUUUGAGAAUUGGAAGGACGAUUUGAUAUCUGAAGAUGCUGGUUACCACGUUCACAAGAUCUGAUAUCUGCUUAUGGUGAUCUCGAUCGGGUGGAAAAAACUCUUAUUCACGAAUAUGUUUUUUACAUAAUGGCAUGUUUGUCACUACAUGGUUCCAACGCUGUUCAUGAGAAUGAAUAGGAAACAUGUACAAGGACAAAUAGUUUUGAUUGCUGAUUUAUUUAUUGUUAUCGUUUGAACA